GCCACACAGUCUGAUAAGUGAAUUGAUCUAUUUACGUUCCAAAAUCAAAACAAACCGGGUGAUUUGCUCUUAUCUCAAAUACACUAUUUCCCCACGAAUACACGUGCUUUUAUCUAUACUACUACAAUGGCUUCGUUCCACCUUCACCUUAAGUCGCGUGCACAAGUGGUCAGAUAAUGUGAAAGCAACGACCAAAACAAAAGAGCAUGACAUGAGCAAACCACUCACUGACAAAUCCCGGGAAGGUGAUCACACAUAAAUGUUAUAAUAAAUUCUUGUUAAAUCAUGAACUCACCUAUGAAUGCAGGUAUAAUCGGCACCGUGAUUCGAAGCAACAUUAAUCAUUACAUAGUUAUACGGCCUCGUUGAUAAAAUAGAAAAAUUAAAUGAUUGAAGAAAGUCCUUUUCGGCAUCAAAAAUGAAGUUUCCAAAAAAGAAACUGCUACUAUCCAUAAAAACAUUUUCUAAUCCCUAGAAUUGAAAAACAUAUUCAAAGUGAUAAUGAUUAAUAUACAUACACAUUUAACGGUUACCCAAACAGAGAAUUCUUUUACCGCACUACUACUUGACAUAUCAGGUAAUAUAUUUUUAGGAACAUGUUCUAUCGUAACGCCAUCUAGAAUAACACUAUCCAUAAGCCUGAUAGCGAUACUAGCAGAAGAACCAUAAAAAGCUCGACAGUGACCCGGACAAUUUUCCUGGACAAGAAAAAUGAAGCAAGUGACUUUAUUUUCCCCAUUUUGGUCUAACUUACCUGUAUAAUACAGCAAUGCCUAUUCGACAAUUUUCUCCUACCAAUUUUCAAACUUUGCUCGACAAAAGAUUGCACAAUAAAUUUCCAUUGUUUGACCCUCACACUAAACACUUUACCACCAAAGUCAGCGGACGCAUAAUCGGGUCUCCCAAAUUUAUCGUUGUUAAUUUUUUCCAAAUAAUCGAUACGAUUUUGGAGAACUUCAAUUCUUGUUUGGGCUUCUCGGAGCUCAAAAAUCGUUUGCUUCUGAAAAUCGUGCGUUGAAAGCUCCGUUUUCUCGAAGUCGUCAGUGAAACCUCCAUUGUUCAGAACAUGUUUCUAAAUUUGUCAAAUCGAAAAUAAGAAGGCAUUUUUUGAACAUACAACUAAAACAUAGACGGCGCCAGUGGUUGUGUGGUUAGCGUAACAGCCUCACAAUCCGAUCGGCCUGGGUUCAAUCCCAGCUGGCGUCGUUGGAAUUUUCUGAGGCGAAAAAUCUCUGGUUACGUCUUCCUUCGGAGGGGAAGUAAAAGAAGUUGGCCCGGCUCAUGAGUUGUUGAGUCUGAUAGGUAGGAACAGGUGGAGUCGCCUCCCUGAUGUCGGUGAUUGGCACUGAAGUGGCGGAAAUAGGCCGACAAAAAAUAAGCGAAGAUAAAAAAAAAAAAAAAAACUAAAACAUACCGUUAGAGCUCCCAGAUUUUCUCGCAGGUCAGCUAUAUGCUGCUUAUUCGUAUUUUGUUGCAGGUAUGACCAAAAACAAACGCUCAAAAUCACAGUGAAUAAUAUAGAGAACACAUAGCUAACGUUCCCAUUUCGUGCAUCCGGUUGAGGUCCUCCUUCAACGUUCAUUUCAAAAGUUGGAUUUUUUUCAAACAUUUGACUUUUUGAGCAAGAAACCUCUUCAGCAACAAAUGUCGUUGUGGUUGUAAACAACAUUCUGGCGUGAUUGAAGUUAUCCCUUCCUCAGAACUUUACCAAUGACAGGUAAACAAGAAGUUCAAUGUAGAACAAAAAACUAAUUGGGACGUGUGCGAUACCUAUGUUUUGCGUCAAAAUAUUGUAAAUUACUGCUUUAUAAAUAUUAAGAUUUGACCGCAAGCGGUUCGAUUUACAACCGUUGAUCAAUUUUCCUUUGCGAGAAACAAAAUUGUCGAAGUAAUCUUGGCGCAAACUGGAAUUUGCGGUCGGUGCCCGAUGCCGAGUUGAGAAAUUAUUUUUAUGAUAAAUAUAUCCUACACCCCCUUUCAUGUUCCUGCAUAGUGAUUGUAAGAUUUAUCCGGCAUUGAGGAGAAGGUGCAACAAGAAAAUUAUAAUGGAAUGAAUGAUGUUCGUGAUCAAAGUUGUCUGCAUUACAUCAUAAUCGCAUAUUGAACAGUAUAUCUUACAAACGCACAGUGUAUAAACACCGGAGCCGGAACCAUAGAAUGUCAGCAACGAUGGACAAUAAUGAUAAUGACAAUUAUUGCUAUCAGCAAGGUGCAAAACCGGGUAAUGCCAGCAAGGGAGCGAUCCCCAAGACAUCCACAAUAAAAUAUCAAAAUCAGUUCAACAACAACAAUAACGUAGCUGAGCAGGAAAAUUUGAUGCCGCAAAUAAAUGGUGCUCAAUCCGGACACAUAUGCUUGGAGCGAUUAGACAGACGAAUCUCGGAUGAAACCGCCGUGUCGAGCGUGUCCGUGGAAAAUGGAAAACAUCAUAUGAACGGCCAGGUUCACGCCUCACCAUCGCACGAGGAACUAGUUGAGCUGGAUCCUGAGGAGGCUGAAUUGGAUGAUAACAUCUAUUCCGACGAUGAAAACGGAUCUGCUUCCGAUGACUGCAUCUAUGCAUACAGAGGUGACGAUGAUGCGCCAAAUCCGUUAGAUCACCGGGAUCUGCAGGCAGAUGAUGAGACUGAUUUUUUGGAGAUGGAUUUUGACCCAGAGCCAAGCUCAGAAUUGGAGAAUCUGUUGGAAAAUCAAGAAAUCGAAGUGAAUAACUCGUUCCAAACGGCAAAAACCGUUGAAAGGGUACCACUGAUGGAGAAAUCCCUAAGCUAUGAAACCAAAACAUCCGAAAACGAAAUACCUGCGGAUCAAAUUGAUGGUUCGUCGGUGGUGACCACCACAGUCAUGAAGAAAACCGGAGCAAUUCCUAAGAAAACACAUUCUAAACAACCCUCUACGGAUCUCCGUGAAUAUGACGUAGCAGGACCAAGUAGAUUAUCAACCAAAGAUAACUACAAAAAUUUGAAACUGGAUCUGAAGCUAUGCACCGAUUAUAACAGCGAAUCGAGCUUUGGCUACGGCUAUUUGAAUUACAACCAAAAAGAUUUCCGGGCUGGCACAGAUGAGGAGAUAAAUUGCUUGGAUUGUACACGAAAAGAAUUCCUAAUGCAGACUAAACAGGAUUUGAGCAUUCAAAAAAUUUGCCGUUCAUGUCGUUGUUCACGACACACGGCCGGUCAUGGCCAGCCGCAGGUGGAUGACUUUUUUCUAGACCCCAACCAGUCGGUAAACUCGAGUAGUUCGGAAACAGAUCUGAUGAGCAUUCGGGCCGAACAAAUUGUGCUGCAGGCGUUAAAUAAAAUCAAUGAACUGAAGGCAACACCGCCCAGCAUAGGACUGUCCAAAAGUAUGGAAGAUAUCUGCAUCGAGUUGAGCUCCGAACAGAAGGAAGCGGACUAUAUAAGGGACUACACGCAAGAGUUGUGCUCAGAUAACACCGUUACAAUCUAUACACUGAAUUGUGGAGAGUUAACAAUAAUUGAAGCAUUGACACGUGUCGGUGUGGCCCCGAAUUUGAAUGUCCUUCGUCAGUACUUUUCUGAACAGUACUGCGCUGAUACGAGCAAAAUGAGCAUCCCCCAGUAUCUACUCUAUAUGUCGAAACGUGACUGCGACUAUAAAAAACUUAUUGAUGCCAUAAAGUCGUGUUGUGAUGAUCCCUUGGAUGUGCAAUAUUAUCCGUUGGAUCCGUUUUCGGAUGCUCCAGAAAUUGUACAGAUCAACUCAGCUGAAAUCGCCAAAAGAUGGAACACAAACACCAAUCUGAGACAAAUUAUCAACUUCAAGCAUAAACACUUCCACACUAUGAACAUACUUGGUAAAAUUGUCAACAUAAUACGGCAACCCACUCGAGGAAAUCACACGAAUCAGAUAAUAAAUAUUCCACUGUAUUACAAAAGUGGAUCCAUAACAAUAACCAGGAUAACUUGAGUCUUUGGGCAGUUCUAUCGUAUGGUCGCUUCCUGUGUACUCUCUGUUAACAAUGCUUCUUAGCUCGCAGUGUAGAGUUGCCCCAAAAUGAUAUUCAAUGAUUCGAAUAUCAUUCGUAAUCAUUGUAAAACGGCACAAACUUGUCAAGCAUAAGUUUAUUAAUCUCUUUUUCGCUUGAAUACGAAAGAGGCGGAACACACACACCCAGUCUGUUGUAUAUUUAUCUUCAUGUAAAAUAUGUUAAAAAUUAUGUACAUAUAGCUUUUCGUUUAUUUAUUGUAUACGUGUAUCAAUUAGUAGACGGUUCUGAAGCAGCAUUAGCCUAGGCUUAAGUCGGGACAACAUGUUUUUAUGAAUGUACCCAAUAUCAAGAAAAUGAAUGACACUUUACAAUAAGUCCAACUAUGGUUACGCUGAUAUCUCACUGAGCAGAACGACGUAGUUUUGGAACAUUUUGAAGCUACGACUGUAGUCACAUCUGGCAGAUAACGAUAAAUUAUACAUCUUCACAGGAAAUUUGUUAUCACGUUAUUAAACCCUUUAAUUGCCACCACUCGAAGACACAUUUCAAUAAAAUGUUUAA